AUGGCUCUGAAUAAUCCCAACCCACUGGGACCAUGGAAGAUCACAGUUUACGACCAGGAGAACUUCCAGGGGAAGCGUUUGGAGUUUACCUCAGCCUGCCAGAACAUCAUGGAGUGUGGCGUUGACAACAUCCGCUCCCUGAAGGUGGAGUGUGGAGCCUGGGCAGGAUAUGAGCACUCCAGCUUCUGUGGACAGCAGUUUGUGUUGGAGAGAGGAGAGUAUCCUCACUGGGAGUCAUGGAGCGGCAGCAACGCCUACCACAUUGAGAGGAUGAUGUCCUUCCGCCCCAUCUGCUCUGCUAACCACAAGGAGUCCAAGAUUGUGCUGUUUGAGAAGGAGAACUUCAUGGGACGUCAGUGGGAGAUAAAUGAUGACUACCCCUCUCUGCAGGCCAUGGGCUGGGGCAACAAUGAGAUUGGAUCCAUGCAAGUUCAGAGUGGCUCCUGGGUGUGCUACCAGUUUCCAGGUUACCGUGGUUACCAGUACAUCAUGGAGUGUGAUCGACAUGGCGGCGAGUACAAACAUUACAGAGAGUGGGGCUCCCAUGCUCAGUCCUUCCAGGUGCAGUCGCUGCGUCGAAUCCAACAAUGAGACCUGCAGCCUCCCCUCCCAACCUCUCACUGUUUACCACCUCCAGCUCCUCCUCCUCCUCCUCCCUCCUCCCAGUCAUUC